CCUAUUUAAAAUCCAUCCCCCCUUCUCUCUCCUUCUUCUUCUCCUUCUUCUCCUCUGAGCCUGGCACACAGAGAAGCGUGUCCUUCAGCAUCCAAGGGCAAGAGGCAUCCUGCAUCCAUCCUUUUGGCCUGUUUCCCAUCCCGCAUCCCAUCCCAAACCUGGGACCAAAAGUGCAUCUUUGGGAGAUGGGGACCAUCCUGCUUUGGCAAGCCGUCGUCCUGCUGUGCCUCUGCAGAGCCUUUGCCUUGCCGCUAACCACUCAGCUGUCAGAAGAAGAUGAAAAGGUGACCAAAUGCAUCACCGAAAUCUUGGCAGAUACCCUUUCCGGACCCAGCCCACACCCAGUGACCAGCGAAUGCAUGAAGAUAUUAAGGGAAGACGAGAGAGUCCUUGCGAUGCUCCAUCACCAGCAUCUCCUCUCGGAGCUGGCAGAACUUGCGCAUCAAGAGAAUGUAAAGCAUCGCCUGGGCCACGAAGCCUGGGAAGGAGACAAUGGUGAGCAGGAAGAGGUGAAGAAGAGAGGCACGAAACCCAUCUUGCAGAGAGAAGCCGCCGCUGAGAAGAUGAGCGAGCAAAGUGGAGGAAGGAAGGAAGAGGAAGAGGAGCGGAAAGAGUACGAGAAGACAGAAAAAAUGGAAGAGAAGGUGAAGGAGGAGAAGGUCUCGGAAGAAGAGGCCCACCGUCAAGCUUUGGAGGAGCAGGUCAAGGAGCUGAUGGAAGAAGAGGAGGAAGGGAAGAAGGAAGAAGAGGAGGAGGAAGCGAGGAAGAAAAAGAGGAGGAGUUCUUCAGAGACGUGGUCUUCUAAGGAAUAUUUUGGCCACGUCAAGAGCAGAAGUCCAGGUGGGCCCAAGAUCAGGGAGGGGAUGUUUCAAGGAGACCAAGACGAGAGGAAGAGGAAUGGGCUGGCCAAGAGGCGCUUCAAGCUGGAGGAGGAAGACGAGAGCGAGGAAGAGGAGCCGAGGAAGUACCACCACCGAGGGGUCAACCAAGGCCGCCACCAUGACUGGGAUGAAGAGGAGGAAGAGGAGGUGAAGAAGAGGCCAUAUCUGGCAAAGCGAGUGGCUGAGAAGGCCAGCGAUGAGGAGACCUCUCAGUUCGAAGAGGAAGAGAAAGGGGUCAAAAUCUCCAACUCUCAGAGCCACCUCAACGGAGGACGGAAACCAUGGCAAGAAGAAGACCAAGAGGAAGAAGUAGGUGGGUCAAAGCAUGGGCACCACCAUCAAAGCAGUGGUUUGGACCUCAAGAAGAGGCAUGAGAAGGAUGCCAUGUACCUGAAGGGCAGAUAUCACACCCACGAUGCCGAGGAGGAGGAAGACAGGGAGGCCAGCCCAGAUGAGGAACUGAAGAAGUUGGAGGACAUCGAGGAAGAGUUGAAAAGGGCUGCCAAGAGGCUUGAGAAACUCAAAUGGGGGAAGUAGCCCAUUCGCUGCUGUUUUCGGAAGCAGGGUGGGCAGCGAAAAGGAUCACCUUCUGCCCAUUCUUUCCCCUCUUCCUUCCUUUGCAAUCUUUGUAAAUAUAUCUUCUCUCUCUUUCUCUUUUUCUCUCUUCAGCUUGGCUUUGGACUGUUAAUGGAGCUUUCCCCAACCCAAAAAACACAAUCCCUCCAUCCCUAAAGAGACCCUAUCCCCAACCCAAAAAACACAA